AUGGUUCUCUCAGGAAUACGCGUUGAGAUGGGGAAAGAGGAGGGCUUUCCGAGCUUGGUGCACCGUGCUGCGAUCUGGAGUCCGUCGAAAUAUGGCAUAGGGAAGUUCUCCCUGGUCACCCUAUGGUUGAUAAUCUUCCGGCAAAAGGGGAUAAUCCUCGAUCGUAGAGUGGCGAACUAUGACCGACCCCGAACGUUGGCGGAGAAGGCCUCCAGUUUGUCUCAGGUAGCUGAGAAGACUUUUGAUUUUCCUCCUUUGACCUCUGUGUCGACCGCAAACAUAGAAACAACAUCCUCAUCACGAGCUGGAACUUUGUCUGUUUAUCGUGAUAGCCGCAUGGUCGGUGAAGCCCGGGCCAUUAGUCGAAGUGUUUUACGUAAAAGUCGUCUAUUCGGCCAGAGCCAUUGGAUCAACGGAGCUAAGCAGUUCCUUCGAGAUCUUCUAGAUAUCGUCGAGCCGCAUAUACAACAUGGCUCCAAGGCAUCCUCCAGCAUGAAAAGGUGUAAGCUUUUAGCUAAGGCCACCAAAGCACAGUGGGCACCUCCUUGGCCCCCGCCACCAACAUCUGAACUACCCCCAAAGAGUGUAGCUGAUAUUCUUGUCGCCUGUUAUCUGCGGACAACAGAGACUGUCUAUCGUACGCUGCAUGCCCCGUCAUUCAGAAAGGACUAUGAAGCAGUGUGGGCGGCUGGAUUAACUCCCGAUACGGCAUUCCUGGUUCAACUCAAGCUGAUUCUUGAGAUCGGGGCUGCCACAUACGAUAAGCAGUUUUCGCUGCGCGCCUCGGCCGUUCGCUGGGUCCACGAAACUCAAACUUGCAUUUCAGAUCCUGAGUUCAAGACACGAUUAAACCUUCAAUCUCUCCAGACCAAUGCUCUGCUUUUAAUCGCUCGACAAAAAGCGGGUGACCCCUACUCAGAACAGCAGUCUAUACUCGGUUGCCAUAGAGAUCCUGAAGCUUUGAUACCGAGCCACCUGGUAAUUUUCAAUGAUGAUCAACUAAUGGUUGGGGAUGCCCUGCCGGUGCCGGACGAUACACUUGACCUUCGUGCGACAUUUCCGAUUCGGUUGAUGAUCACUGAGUUCUUGAAUAAUUUCGGAUCCUGUGGUACCUAUGAGGAAACACUUCGCCUUGGUGGAUCUCUGAGGGCAGUAGUAUAUAAAGAACUGUGCCAGAACCUCCAAAGACAUAUCUCAAGAGCAGGCCUCUCUCCCUCCCGAUUUCAAAUCCAGGUAGUAGAUUUCAUCAUGAUUCGUUAUAUGUCGGCUCUCCACGUUCCGUUCUUCAUUCCCGCACUGCACGAAACCACUUAUACGUUUUCUCACAAAAUAGUGAUAGAAAUGUCUCUUAAAAUUUGGCGUGCAGUAUGGCCGUCCUCGCAACUCAUACCUACCCCGCCCCAUGACAAUGCUAUACUGCGACUAGAUGAAGACGACCUGGUACGACUCACGAUAUCUGGAUCUGAAUUCUUUGGCACUGCUACUAUGCAGGCUAACCUUGUGGCGGCAACAACUCUCAUGUCCCAAGUGCAAGUGGAAAGUGGCCUGAGUCCAGCACCUUUGCGGUCCGACCUUCUUGCUGCAAUAAACGAUGCUAAAUCAUGGUCUCCAGGGUGCAUUGAGGUGGGAGAGACUAACAUCAAAGGACAUGUGCUUCUCUGUUCAGCAGCUGCUCGUAUUCGAUGGACUCAUCAAGGGACAAAGGAAGAAUUAAUUCCCGGUAAUACUAGUUAG